UGGGCCGGGGGUCUCGGAGCGCGCCUGGCUCUUGCACUUUGCUGCUCCUGCUGCUGCAGCUACCUUGGCCGAUGCAGACAUUUCCAGGAAACACCCCUGGAGAGCCAGCCACCCUUCACUGGGUCCUGGAUGGACGGCCCUCAAGCACGGUUCCCCUGGAGCUGGUCUCAAAGCCGGACGCAGGCCUGGUGGCCGUGGAGGCCGAAGGUCAGCUGCUGCUUCUUGAACUGGAGAAGAACCACAGGCUGCUGGCGCCGGGGUACACAGAGACCCACUUCCGCUCGGAUGGGCAGCCAGUGGUCCUGGUGCCCGACCACACGGAUCACUGUUACUACCAUGGGCGCGUGAGGGGCUUCCCCGACUCCAGGGUGGUCCUCAACACCUGCUCCGGCAUGAGUGGCCUGAUCUCACUCAGCGGCAGCGAUAGCUAUUAUCUGCAUCCCUGGCCAGCUGGAAACGCCACGGUCUUCUCCACCCACAAGAUCUUCCGAACACAGCAGCUGUUCAGCUGGAAAGGGGCCUGUGGCCACAGGCAUCCCCGGGGCCAAGAGGACAGAACCAGCCUUUCUCAUGCCCCCCACAUCAGGGAGAGGCGAGGGGCCCGCAGGAGCCUGAGCUACCUGGAGCUGUACAUAGUGGCUGACCACACCCUGUUCUUGGCCCAGCACCGCAAUCUGAACCGCACCAAACAGCGUCUUCUGGAGGUGGCCAACUACGUGGAUCAGAUUCUUAGGACUCUGGACAUUCAAGUAGCCCUGGCCGGCCUGGAAGUGUGGACAGAGGAGGACCAGAGCCGAGUCUCACCGGACGCAAACGACACGCUCUGGGCUUUCUUGCAGUGGCGCCAGGAGCUGUGGAUACGGAGGCCCCACGACUCCGCACAGCUGCUCACGGGCCAACGCUUCACGGGCGCCACUGUGGGCCUGGCCCCCGUAGAGGGCAUGUGCCACCUGCAGAGCUCUGGAGGGGUGAGCAUGGACCACUCGGAGCUUCCCAUGGGUGCUGCUGCCACCAUGGCCCACGAGAUAGGCCACAGUCUCGGCCUCAGCCACGACCCCGACGGCUGCUGCUCAGAGGUCCGGGCGGAGCAGGGGGGCUGCGUCAUGGCAGCAGCCACCGGGCACCCGUUCCCGCGCGCGUUCAGCGCCUGCAGCCGCCGCCAGCUGCGCGCCUUCUUCCGCAAGGGGGGCGGCGCGUGCCUCGCCAACACGCCCGCGUCGGGGCUGCUCCGGCCGCCCGCGCGCUGCGGCAACGGCUUCGUGGAGGAGGGAGAGCAGUGCGACUGCGGCGCGGGCCAGCAGUGCCCGGACCCCUGUUGCUUCGCCCACAACUGCUCGCUGCGUGCGGGGGUUCAGUGCACCCAAGGGGACUGCUGCGCGCGCUGCCUGCUGAAACCCGCGGGCACACCGUGCCGCGUAGCUGCGGGAGACUGCGACCUCCCGGAGUUCUGCACCGGCACUUCGCCCUAUUGUCCCCCGGAUAUUUAUCUACUAGACGGCUCUCCUUGUGCCGACGGCCGAGGCAACUGCUGGGAUGGCGCCUGUCCUACCCUCGAGCAGCAGUGCCAGCAGCUCUGGGGGCCCGGCUCGCACCCAGCGCCAGAGGUCUGCUUCCAGGUGGUGAACUCUGCUGGAGAUGCCCAGGGGAACUGCGGCCAGGACAGCAAGGGCGGCUUCCUGCCUUGUGCACAGAGAGAUGCACAGUGUGGGAAGCUGCAGUGCCAGGGUGGGGAGCAGAGCCCACUUUGGCCAUACGCAGUGGCGCAGGAUUCCACCGUCAGCCUAGGCAGCCUGGAGGUGACCUGCAGGAGCGCCAGGAGCGCCCAGCUGGACCUGCCUGACCUGGGUGCGGUACAGCCGGGCACCCAAUGUGGACCUAGAAUGGUGUGUCAGGAGAGGCGCUGUCGGAACAGCACCUUCCCGGAGCUGAAGCGCUGCCUGCAUGCCUGUCACGGCCACGGGGUCUGCAAUAGUAACCUGAACUGCCACUGCGCUCCCGGCUGGGCUCCACCCUCCUGUGACAAGCCAGGGUUCGGAGGCAGUGUGGACAGCGGCCCCAUGCAGCCUGAGCACGGCGACACCUUCCUGCUGGUGGCUGUGACCCUCAGUUUCCUGCUGCCUCUGCUCCCCGGGUUUGGCCUUGCCUGGUGCUGCUGCCGGCAACUGGGGUCCCAGCCCCAGCAAUGCCUCUGGGGCUCAAGGAGGGCCCCUGCAUGCGGCGGCCCCAAAGAUGACCCACGCAGAGAGCACGCCCCAGGCAGCAUUCACCCCAUGGAGCUGAACCCCAUAGCUGCUGGACAGCCGUGGCUGCUGUGAGUGGGCCACCGGGGCUGAGGGGCUCUGUCCUUCUGCCUCCUUCCAGAACCCCAGAACCAUGAGAUGCCCAUGUCCUGUAGCCCUGCCUGUACACCCAAGCAGGUCAAGAAGCCCAAGAUCCUGUUUCUGGAGAGAGGUGGCUUCUCAGACAAGGGGACUUAAAGAUAGGUGGCUACUGACAGUCUUUCCCAGAACUUGAAUCUCCAGUCUUUCCCAGAACUUGAGGCUAAACCAGCUGGUCUCCUGAGCAAGUUCUUCUGGGAACUGAGCUUUGUGGGGCCCCUCCAGGACAACAGAGCCACAUCAGCACUGGCACCGUGCAGUCCUGUCCUCUCCGGCUGGGUGAUCCUGCUGGGACGCCCUCCAGCCCCAAGUCUGUCAGUAAGGAGCAGAGGUCCUGCAGUCAUGAGGGCCAGGGGAGGCUGUUCGCGUUGGGGUGCCCCUACCUGGGGAGACUGGGCUUCGCUGCCACUGCUCUGAGUCUCCAGACUCAGCUCUGCCGAGGGCAGUGAGGCUGAGCCAGCACUUGGACUCUGGGGACCUUCCUUUCUAUCUCCUGCCCUGGCCUACUUCCUCAGCUCCAACCCCACUCCUUGACCUCCACCUAAGGUUUGUGGAGAGGUGUGGGAUCUGCUGCAACCCCCUUGCUCUGGACUCAACCUCCCUCCAUACAGUGGGAGGGGAAGAGGGAGCCAUUGUAGAAAGGACACUAAAGUGCAAGUCAGAAGACAGACAUGUUGGCCUUGAGUUUCUGAGUUUUUCUGCCUGUAGAUUCAGCCCCAUAGGGAUCCCUGAGGGUCACAGUGGGGGUUGGCGGGUGGAGCCCCGGAACCAGCUAGGGUCCCCAGGACACAGUGCUCUGGUGCCAUUGUGUUAUCUGUCCUGUGUCCCGUGGACCUUCUCAGGAGCCUCUCCUUCCCUUGCCCUGCUCCAUGCAAGGUCGCUGAGGGGCCUUUAGCGUCAGCCCUCUGUAACUUCAUAAAAAAACCAACCUUGGAUUUAGUAGCUUUAAACCACUACUUGUGUGAACUGGCACAUUAGGCUGAAUUCAGCUGAUGGUUCGUUUGGUCCCAGCUCAGGUCACCUGUGUGUUUGCCGCCAGCUAGUGGUCAGCUGGGCAGUUCUGCUCCUGGGCUUGGCUGGUUAUUUUUGGGGUGAUGGGGACAGAGGGGGCUCGUGUCUCUUUCCAUCAGGGCAGCCCAGACUGCUUCGCUUGGCAGCUGGGGAGGGCUCUGAGAGAGCAAGGUAGGGUGAGGGAGGCAUUCACCUAGGGCCCAAUGUCAUCGAGAGAAGUAAUACUCUAAUGGAAUAUUUAAAAAGAUUAAAAUUGGGCCCUCCCUGGUGGCGCAGAGGGUUAAAGCACAGC